CAGUUCUCCUCCAAUCGACACAAUGGCCUCCAAUAACAUUUACCACGGGCAAGCCGCCUUUGAGCCGUCGCUCGACGUCAAGCCCCACACGUUCGCGGCCAAGCCCUUUGACGAAGAGUACGACGUUGAGAUCAAGGUGACGCACUGCGGCAUUUGCGGCUCGGACUUGCACACGCUGACGGGCGGCUGGGGCGAGAUCAAGUACCCGAUGGUCGUCGGCCACGAAAUCCUCGGUCACGUCGUGCGCGUCGGGUCCAAGGUCGACCAGACCAAGUACGCGAUCGGGACGCGCGUCGGCGUCGGUGCCCAGUGCGGCAGCUGCCUCGACUGCGCGCUGUGCGACCAGGACAAGGAGCAGCUCUGCCCCAGCUUCCUCGGCACGUACAACGGCGAGACCAAGGACGGGUACAUCACGCAGGGCGGGUACGCCGACUACUACCGCUGCCACGCUCAGUUUGUCGUGCCGAUUCCGGACGCGCUUCCGUCGGCCAGCGCCGCCCCGAUGCUCUGCGCCGGUAUCACGACGUACGCGCCGCUAAAGGCGCACGGCGCGGGACCGGGCAUGAAGGUUGGUAUCUUGGGCGUCGGCGGUCUCGGCCACUUGGGUAUUCAGUGGGCCGUCGCGCUCGGUGCGCAUGUCACGGCGCUCUCGUCCUCGAACCGGAAGGAGCAAGAGUGCAAGGACGUGCUUGGCGCGCACGCGUUUCUCAACUACAACGAUCCUGCGGCCGCCGCCGCCGCCGCGCAGCAGUUGGACCUCGUCCUCUGCACGUCGUACGGCGCCGACACCAACUGGGGCGCGCUCUUCAAUCUGGUUGCGACCGAAGGCAAGUUUGUGCUCAUCGCGGUGCCCGAGAAGCCGAUUUCGUUCCAUGCGUUCGCCGUCGUGCCGCGCCAGAUCACGAUUGUCGGCUCCAUCAUCGGGUCGCCGUCCAUGAUCGAAGAGAUGCUGCAGUUUGCGGUCGAGAAGAACGUGCGCUCGAUCGUGCAAGUGAUGCCGAUGGCGGAGGCCGCCGCCGCGCUGCAAAAGGUGCACAACGGGGACGUGCGCUUCCGCAUUGUGCUUGAAAACUAA